AUUAGGGUUUUUACAUUCAGCAAUGGCAUCGGCUUCUAAAAAGAUAAUAUUGAAGAGCUCAGAUGGAGAGAUUUUCGAGGUAGAAGAAGUGGUGGCGCUUCAUUUAGACAUGAUAAAUAAGAUGAUGGAAGACGGUUGCGCCGACGAAGAAAUCCCUAUCCCUAACGUCACCGGCAAGAUCUUAUCCAAGGUCCUUGAGCAUUGUGAGAUGCAGGCCCAUAGGGAAAUUAACUCGAAUGACGAUCGACUUAAAACUCAUGACGAUGACUUUCUCCAAGUUGAUCUAGACACCCUCCAUGACCUCAUCAUGGCUGCUAACUUUUUGAAUGUGACGAGCUUGUUGGAUUUGACAUGUCAAAUAGUGGCAGACAUGAUAAAGGGGAAGUCGCCGGAGGAGAUUCGGAAGACGUUCAACAUCCACAAUGAUUUCACUCCUGAAGAAGAAGAAGCGAUGAGGAGAGAGAAUCCGUGGGCAUUCGAUAUUUAG